AUGAGCUUAGUUGAAUUUGCCCAAAUCUGCAGACUUCUGCUUUUCAUAUCCCAAGAUUUUGGCUGCUCGUCUGGUUUUAGUUUCAGUGUUUACACCCUAUUUGCUUUCACCCUGUUUGAUUGCUGGACAAUACCAGGAGUUAUGACCUGCCUAUCUUUCUUAUGUGGCAGAAGAUUGGAUUCAUCAACCAGUCAUCCUGGCUUGGAAGAUGAGCUCUCAGGGGUCCACAACGUUAAUCUUUACUCGUACAAGGAGCUGAAAAUUGCUACCGAGGACUUUAGUCCAGCAAAUAAAAUUGGAGAAGGGGGAUUUGGUUCUGUCUUCAAGGGAAAACUCAGGAAUGGACAGAUGGCAGCUAUUAAGGUUCUAUCCUCUGAGUCGAGACAAGGAGUAAGAGAGUUCUUGACAGAGAUUCAAGUGAUUUCGGAUGUCGAUCAUGUAAAUUUAGUGAAGCUCUAUGGGUGUUGUGUGGAAGGCAAACAAAGGAUUCUCGUCUACAACUACCUAGAGAAUAACAGUCUGGCACAGACACUUCUUGGUGGACGGCACGGCAAUAUAUACUUUAACUGGCGGACGCGAGUUAAAAUUUGCAUUGGAGUUGCAAGGGGGCUUGCGUAUCUUCAUGAGGAAGUCAGGCCGCAUAUUGUCCACCGAGACAUCAAAGCAAGUAAUAUUCUUCUUGACAAAGAUUUGACCCCAAAAAUCUCGGAUUUUGGUCUGGCCAAGCUCAUGCCUGCUAACUUGACUCAUGUCAGUACACGUGUUGCGGGAACCAUAGGAUAUUUGGCACCCGAAUAUGCAAUUAGAGGCCAGCUGACACGGCGGGCGGAUAUUUACAGUUUUGGGGUUCUUCUUAUCGAAAUAGUCAGCGGGAGAAACAACACCAAUACACGGUUGCCUGUCGAGGAACAGUAUAUUCUUGAAAGGACAUGGCAACUUUACGAGAAAAACGAGCUGGUGGCUCUUGUGGACACAUCCCUCAAUGGAGAUUUUGAUGCCGAGCAGGCUUGCAGGUUCUUACAGAUUGGCCUACUCUGUACUCAGGACUCCCCCAAACUCCGACCCUCCAUGUCAACUGUUGUCCAAAUGCUUACUGGCGAGAAAAGCAUCAGUGACCAAAAAAUUACCAAACCUGGCCUAAUUUCCGAUUUCAUGGACCUCAAGGUGAAAAACACCCCCAAACAAAAGCCUGAUAUAAAUCAAAUAUUGUCCAAUUAUAACUCCUCAGGAUCGGAUACUUUGGAGAACACAACUUCGACUUCUCCGCCUUCUUCGCUGCCGACCAUGACGUUUACGUCUGUCUAUGAUAGGAGCAUGUGA